AGCUGUCAAACUUGUUUUGCUCGCCAAUGAAACCGAAAUGAAGCUUGUUUCGGUUCGUAUUCAGUUUCGGAUUCGAUUUCGUUCUUGAUGCCUCUCCUUGUGGUCGUGAAAAUAUUGCGGUUUCUGCAUUGCAUUGGGCCUAUAAGAACCCAAAUUUCUUUCCUGUAUCAAUCAGUGUUUAUUCAAACCAUAUUGAAAGUGUAAAAAUUCUAUUCUGAAAAAUGGAUAACGUCGCGGAAAUGCCUGAAGAAAAGUAUGUCGAAGUCGAUGAUUUUUUGAGGCUAGCUGUGAAAUUCUACAAUACUUUGGGCAUUGAUCCCUAUGAAACUGGACGAAAACGAACUAUUUGGUUUCAAAUAUAUUUCGCAUUGAAUAUGUUUAAUAUGGUGUUUAGUUUUUAUGCCGAGGUAGCGACUCUGGUGGACAGGUUACGCGAUAAUGAAAAUUUUCUCGAGAGCUGCAUCUUACUGAGCUACGUGUCCUUUGUGGUCAUGGGCCUCUCCAAGAUAGGUGCUGUAAUGAAAAAAAAGCCAAAAAUGACAGCUUUGGUCAGGCAAUUGGAGACCUGCUUUCCGUCGCCAAGUGCAAAGGUUCAAGAGGAAUAUGCUGUGAAGUCCUGGCUGAAACGCUGCCAUAUAUACACAAAGGGAUUUGGUGGUCUCUUCAUGAUCAUGUAUUUCGCUCACGCUCUGAUUCCCUUAUUCAUAUACUUCAUUCAAAGAGUGCUGCUCCACUAUCCGGAUGCCAAGCAGAUUAUGCCGUUUUACCAACUCGAACCUUGGGAAUUUCGCGACUCCUGGUUGUUUUAUCCAAGCUAUUUUCACCAGUCGUCGGCCGGAUAUACGGCUACAUGUGGAUCCAUUGCCGGUGACCUAAUGAUCUUCGCUGUGGUCCUGCAGGUCAUCAUGCACUACGAAAGACUGGCCAAGGUUCUUAGGGAGUUUAAGAUUCAAGCCCAUAACGCACCCAAUGGAGCUAAGGAGGAUAUAAGGAAGUUGCAGUCCCUAGUCGCCAAUCACAUUGAUAUACUUCGACUCACUGAUCUGAUGAACGAGGUCUUUGGAAUUCCCUUGUUGCUAAACUUUAUUGCAUCUGCGCUGCUGGUCUGCCUGGUGGGAGUUCAAUUAACCAUCGCUUUAAGUCCAGAGUAUUUUUGCAAGCAGAUGCUAUUUCUGAUUUCCGUACUGCUUGAGGUCUAUCUCCUUUGCUCCUUCAGCCAGAGGUUAAUAGAUGCUAGCGAAAACGUGGGCCAUGCGGCAUACGAUAUGGAUUGGUUAGGUUCCGACAAACGAUUCAAGAAAAUUUUAAUUUUUAUAUCUAUGCGAUCCCAGAAGCCAGUUUGCCUUAAAGCCACAGUUGUCUUGGACUUAUCCAUGCCAACUAUGAGCAUCUUUCUUGGUAUGUCGUAUAAGUUUUUCUGCGCUGUGAGGACUAUGUAUCAAUAAAUGCUGAUAUGUAUUACUUGGCAUAUAAAAAUUAUGUAAUCACGUAAUAUUC